AUGGAUAAAAAAGAAUUUCGUGUGUUGAUGAAGCAUUGCUUUUCGGCGAAAAAAAUACUGUUGAAGCCAAGGCUUGAUAAACAUUAUUCGGACUCUGCACCAGGAAAACCAACCGUUGAGAAGUGGUUUGCUAAAUUUAAACGAGGUGAAAUGAGCAUCGAAGACGAUGCACGCAGUGGACGACCGAAAGAGGCUGUUACUGACGAAAACAUCAAAAAAGUCCACAAAAUAAUUUUGAAUGAUCGUAGAGUGAAGUUGAUCGACAUAGCUGAGACUCUAAAGAUAUCAAAGGAACGUGUUGGACAUAUUGUGCAUGAAUAUUUGAACAUGCGAAAGCUGUGUGCAAAGUGGGUGCCGCGCGUGCUCACAAUCGAUCAAAAGCAACAACAUUUUGAUGAUUCGGAGCAAUGUUUAGCGAUAUUCAACCGUAAUAAAGACGAAUUUUUCCGUCGAUAUAUUACAAUGGAUGAAACAUGGCUCCAUCAUUACACUCCAGAGUCCAAUCGACAGUCAGCCGAGUGGACUGAACGCGAUGAACCGAAGCCAAAGCGUGGAAAGAAGCAACAGUCGGCUGGCAAGGUUAUGGCAUCAGUAUUCUGGGAUGCGCGUGGUAUUAUAUUCAUUGAUUACCUCGAAAAGGGCCAGACCAUCAACAGCGAGUAUUACAUUGUAACGAGGAGUUUUACCCCCGUUACCAUCGUGUGA